GUCGUUACUUGGCACUCAAAAAAAAUAACAAAAAAAAUUACAGCACAGAGCUUUAAAAUGUCAAAUAAAUCAGAAUUAACUUAUGAAGUACCAAGUUCAUUGAAGCAAUUAGCUCGCAUAGUUGUUCGUGGUUUCUACACAAUUGAGGAUGCACUUAUAAUAGACAUGCUAGUGAGAAAUCCUUGUAUGAAGGAAGAUGAUAUUGCUGAGCUGCUUAAAUUUGAGAAAAAGAUGCUUAGAGCAAGAUUAACAAUGUUAAAGAAUGAUAAAUUCUUACAAGCAAGACUAAAAAUGGAAACAGCAAUUGAUGGAAAGGCUCAUAAAGUUAAUUAUUAUUUUAUCAAUUAUAAAACAUUCGUUAAUGUAAUUAAGUACAAAUUGGAUCUUAUGAGAAAGAGAUUAGAGACAGAAGAACGUGACGCAACAUCCAGAGCUAAUUUUAAAUGCACAAAUUGUUGUAAACCAUUCACAGACUUGGAAAUCGAUCAGUUAUUUGACCUAGAAACUGGAGAACUCAGAUGUACAUUCUGUGGUAGUUCCGUAGAAGAGGAUCUAUCAGCUAUGCCAAAAAAAGAUUCUCGAUUGAUGUUGGCAAAGUUUAAUGAGCAACUUCAGUCACUUUAUGAUCUAUUAAGACAAGUAGAAGGAAUUAAAUUAGCACCCGAAGUUUUAGAGCCACAGCCAAUUGACAUUGAUGUUAUUCGUGGAAUUAUUAAGCCUAAUGAUCAUCCAGGAUCAGAAAUUUGGUCAGGUGAAGCUACGAGAAAUGGAGGAUUCGCUGCAGAAGAUGCUCGAGUGGAUAUAACAAUUGGAGAAACAGAUACGACCGAAUCAACAGUUCCUAAGAAAGAGAGACCAAUUUGGAUGACUGAAAGUACUGUAACAACAAAAGAAGAAACUAUGGACACAGAAUCAAUUCUCGAAAAAGUCGCACAGAAUUCAGCAAAAACAAAUCAAUGGCAGGCACCAGCAGCGUCAACAAAAGGCAAGAAAGAAGCAGAGGAGAAUAUUAUGUCUGUAUUACUUGCUCAUGAGAAACAAACGACAAAGGCUAAUAAUGAUGCUGUCAAGAAUCUUCAUAAUCCAGAUGAUUCAAGUGGCGGUGAUUCUAGUAAUGACGAUGAUGAGGAAAUCGACAGGACCGAGAUCCCUAUAAUCGACAUGAUGAAUGAAGAUGAAGAAUCUGAGGAUGAUGUACCUACAGUAAUGAUUGGAAAUAAGCCAUAUCCAGUCACAGAAGUGACUGACAAUAAAGACCUAAUUGAACGAAUGACACCACACGAAAAAGCUCACAUUAAGGAACAUCAAAAGAAUCUAUUUAAAAUGAAUAUUAACGCGUCACCAACAUAUCAAACAUCAAUAGAACAAAAAAUUCGCGCUAGAAAUUGUGCAUUAAUGAUGAAGCAUGGAUCGCCUAAACUACGAGACUUACUUAGACAAAAUUGUCGAAUUAAGAUGAAGCAGUCAAGAGAGAAUGCAUUCUCAACAGCUAGAAACGUAACAAUAGAGAAAAGACAAUUAAUUAAAACGAUUGUGAAAGAAGAAUUAAUGCAUCAAGAAAUGGAGCAUGAUAUUGAACUGCAUGAAAACAUAUUACAAGAGAUUUUUAAUAAUUGGGAUCAAUGGCAGAAUGAAGAAUAUGAAAAGGAAUUUAUGACACUUUGUGACACUGACGAGAAUCGAAUUUUCUGUCCUGUAUGUCUUAAAAACCUACUUAAUCUUAAAGAGAAUAUUAUUUCAUGCAACUGUGGACUUAGACUUUACUACCCAAAAUCACUGAACGAAUUUUUUGGAAUCAUCUCAAUGAAUGUCAAAGUACAUGAAGAGCGGUGCUUAGAUAAAUUAACAUUUUUCACUGAACCAAAGGAUGGCUUCAAUGUAUUAGGAUUAAAUGCCUUUUGUGCUUCUUGCGACUAUUAUUCAUCAAUUCUCGAGUCAAUUUAGCCGGAACGUCUGGGAAUCAUCUUUUACACUUAAUGCUGUGACAAUAAUUCAUGAUUGUUUUUAAACUGUCUGCAAAUUAAUCUUAAGUUCAUGCAUAAAUAGCCAAAAUUAUCGUUAAAUGUAAGCAUCACAAGAAACUGCUCGAAAAGAUUUUUGUGUCAAUCAAAUGUAUUUAUAAAAUAAUUAAUAAAAUUGUAAGAGG